AUGAACGUUGAAUUGACCAGUGCGGACAAAGUAUUCGGCGACAUCUUCGACCACGAGAGGUACAGAGCUCAACUCUUCUCAAACGGCACAGUCUCUUACUCAACCUCGGGCAAGACGACAACAUUCUGCCAGUUGAACCUUCAGUACUUUCCCUUCGACUCUCAAGCUUGUUACCUCGAAAUUUUCAGCUGGACCUAUAGCGAGAGUCAGUUGAGUUUGGAGCCUUUUGGAAAAAGUGUCGACCUGGAAAACUUCAACGGUAAUGGGCAGUGGAAUCUAACGCGCGUGGAGGUAGGAGCGUUUGUGGAUAUCAUACCGUUGGAAAUAGAUAGAGAAUAUUAUUCGGUAGCCAGGUUCGUUUUCUACAUCAACCGCAAACCUCUCUAUCACGUGGUGACACUCAUCAUCCCAUCGACCAUCAUGUCCUUCCUCGUCAUCUUCGUGUACUUACUCCCAGCUGAUUCAUCGGAGAAAGUAUCGCUGAGUAUAACAAUCCUGUUGGCCUAUUCUGUCUUCCAACUAGGUGUUGCAGACAACAUGCCAAAGACAUCCAAUAUAGUUCCUUAUAUAACCGUCUACGUUUCAUUCGUCAUGUUUUUUGCGAGUGUUUCCCUGCUGUCAACAAUUUUCGUCCUCAUCUUGCACUUCCACGUGAACUACACCCGGCCUCCCAAGUGGCUGCAGACUCUCUGGAACGUGAUUGUGUCAACAGUGGAUAAGAUGUUCCUUAUCAUCUACACGGUCCUCAACAUUUUCGCAUGUGUCCUCUUCUUAGCCGUUCUGCCGGCCAUUGCACCGAAACAAGUUGAACCGGAAACCAUGUUCUGA